CCCACGCCACGACCUUUGUGCUUCUCUAAAAUCUAGGAGAGGUGCACACAAAUUACCAUUAAAUACGAUCUCUCUCUCUUGAUUCUGCGACGAACGCGGAAAGCGAAAUUGGAGAAGACAAAGCUCCUCACCCCACCCCACCACACCACUCAACGUCACAAAGAAAAUAAAAGAAAAAAACCAAUCUUUUUGAGUCCUUUGCACGAUCUUGGAGAAGUAAGUAAACAAACACCGACCCAGAAGAAAAGAUUUGUUCUUUUGAUAACCAAGAGAAGCCAAGUCUGCUGAGCUAAAUUUGAGAUCUUUUUAUAGGUUGUUGUUGUCUGUUUGUGGUGUUAUUUGAUGGAUGAAGAUGCUGUGAAAACAUGUGGAACGCCUGAAAUGAUGAAUAAGGAAGAGGGUUAUAACCUGAGAGGAGACUCUACAGGGAAGGGAAUGGGUUCAAAGUCUAAGGUGAAAGAGAUCCCUCGUUACCUCAGAGCAUCGACUGGUUCGUGUCAUGAUUUGUGCAAGUACGGGAAGAGGGAGAUACCUGUGGAGAAACCAUGGCGUUCGACUACUAGAAAGAUCUUCAAGAAAGCUCUUGAUGAUGAUUUGAAUGAAACUUUGAAGCCGAGUUCUUCUAAAUUGAAGAAGAAGGUGAUGGAAGGGGAGAAAAACAAGGUUACUGAUGAUUCUUCUGAGGUAGUUAAAAGAGAGGUUGUGAAGUAUCAAGUGACUGGUGUCUCUAAUGGGAGGAAGAAGCCAGAAGUAUUGAUAAUAUCAUCUGGUGAUGAAACUCCUGUGAAGCAGAUGAAGAAGAAAACAACAUUAAGUUCCAAACUUAAGCCUUCACCAGAUUCGGGAUCUCGCUCAUCUGGAAAUGUUGAUGCCCUGAAGUCGAAAGUCUUGAAGAAAUCUUUUUCAGCACUAGCAACAUCAAAAUCUAAAGUAAUCCUUGAAAAAGUUGUUGCUUCACCAGUUCUGAAACCCAAAAUGGGGGCAAAAAGUGGAGGGAAAGACGAAGAUACAAAGAUAAAGACAGCAGCAGUAUCUUCUAGAGUUGUUUCAAAGAAAGUUCCAGUGACUCCAAGAGCUUCGCUUUCUCCAAGAUUUUCGGUAAGAGUAGCCGGAAAUUCAAGCUUGAGAAAGAGUCAGAGUUUAAAGGCUGCAUCUUCCUCUUCUUCUCGACAAAAUCAGAAACCAAGAUCCGUGAAUCGUACUGAUGAAUCUAAUAAGCAGUUAGAUGAUUAUCCAGUGGAGGAGAAAACAUUGCACGUUGUUGAAAUGGAAACAACUAGCAAGGUCCUCUCUGAAAACGAUCAGAAUCAGCAGGGCUUGGUUGAACCUGUUCUUCCUCCUCUUCCACCGACCCAAUCAACUCCAAAAGAUGAUGAGUGUACUGUUUCAGAAACAGAGGAGUAUGAAUACACUUCAGGAAGCAAUGAGGCUGAGAGCGCUGGAGAAGAGAUCGAAAUGUCCAAUGGAGAGAAGAAGCCAAGAGCGACGAGAAAGGAGGGUGAUUCUGCAGAUGAAGCUGCUCAUAAGUUACGUUUCCGAAGAGGAAAAGUUGUGGAUGCUGAUGCUGCGGGUGAGAGUGCAAGGAAGCUCAAGUUUAGAAAGGGAAGAGGUCUUGGGGAAGACAAAGCACAAGAUGCACAAGUAAGGAGAAGCUUUAAGAAGAGGGAAGAUAUCAAAGAAGAAGAAGUCGAUGAGAAUGGUGAAAAGGUUGUGUUGAGGCAUCAAGAUGUUCAAGAGAAAGAUGCACAGGGACUAUUCAACAAUGUCAUUGAAGAAACAGCGAGUAAGCUCGUGGAAGCUCGUAAAAGCAAAGUUAAAGCUUUGGUUGGUGCUUUCGAAACAGUCAUUUCUCUUCAAGAAUCUUAAACCUUCCUGCUAACUCUCUGAAACUAAUCUAGAUUGAGCCGGUUUGAAUCGUUUCGGUUUGCUGAACUUUAAAGAAGAUUGAUGCUUCAUAGUUCAUACAAAGUUAUAAGGAUAUGUCUCAGCCAAACAUCGAUAUUGAUGCUUUUGUGAAUAAUAAUUGAUGGAUUUGGGGUUGUGUUUGGUUUUGGUUCUCGGUUUAUAUAAUUCAGUUUGUAUAGAAAAAUUCUAGUCUGUUUUCAUACAUUUGUUGUUGCUUUUUGUCUUCUUGUUAAGAGAAAUCACUAAGCAGACAGUAAACUGUGUUUUUCUGGUUUUGCAUAAAACUGGUCCUUACUGGUUUGUGAACAAAAGGAGCUUGUUAAAGAACACUUGCCGCUAGAUCAUUUGGGCUUGGAGGCAUAAGCCGCAUAACCGAAGAAGGAGAACUGUCUUCUUGAAGCUCAUCUUUUUGCCUGAAGAUUUUCUCAAAAAACAUUUAGAGAAUCGGACCUCACUUUAAGUAAUGAUCCAAAAAAAACCAAAUUUAUUGUUGUUAAUGACACAUAAUCUACUUCUCUCA